AUGACUAGCCCUGAGAAUUAUCAUCAGAGUGCGCUGGCUAAGCUUAAUAAUAAGUCACUAUUAAAUGGCAAUGCAUUUAUAGACGGCAUUUGGGUGUCGAAAGAAAAGAAGUUUCCUGUUUACGAGCCAUCGACAGGUACGGUACUUGGAAAAGUCUCAGAUUGCGACCUUGCCGAUUUUCAAAAGGCAAUUGUGAGCGCGGAGUCUGUCCAAGAAGAAUACUUUUUGAGCACGACAGGUGCUCAACGAGGAGCUUUAUUGAGAAAAUGGAAUGACUUGAUCAUCGCCAAUCGGAAUGACAUUGCAAUUAUCCUCAGUCUCGAAAACGGCAAGCCGUACGCUGAGGCCCUUGGUGAAGUGUUGUAUGCCGCAUCAUUUGUGUCAUGGUUCGCCGAAGAGGCUCCUCGGGCUUACGGGCAUACCAUUCCAUCUGCGACCCCGAAUACGAUUCUUUCAGAUGUUCGCGAACCGGUCGGUGUCUGCGGCAUAAUCACCCCUUGGAAUUUCCCUGCAGCCAUGAUCACGCGCAAAGUUGCCCCGGCAUUCGGUGCCGGAUUUGAGGCUGGAUUCCCUCCAAAGUCUAUUCAGGUCUGCCCGACAAAAGAUCGCCAGGCUGCUAGCGAAUUGGCCACCAACCCGCUUGUGAAGAAGAUUAGUUUCACCGGGUCGACUGGUGUUGGUAAGAUACUGGCAAGAUUGGCAGCUGGUACGCUCAAGAAAGUCAGUCUAGAGCUGGGUGGAAAUGCUCCUCUCAUCGUCUUCGAUGACGCCAAUUUGGAUGUUACUAUCGAAGGCGUGAUGACAUCCAAAUUCCGCUGCUCUGGCCAAACUUGUGUCUGCGCGAACCGAAUUUAUGUCCAGCGUGGGAUUGAAAAGGAAUUCGUACAAAGGCUUGUGCAGGCCGUUUCACGGCUUAAGUACGGGGCUGGUCUGGAUUCCACGACGACACAAGGUCCACUUGUCAAUCGAAGUGCGGUGGAUAAAGUUGCCAGUCACAUCUCGGAUGCUGUAUCAAAGGGCGCACAGGUGGAAAUCGGCGGCGAGGCUCCUAAAGGUGAAGGAUAUUUCUUCCCACCCACGGUCUUGUCUUCCGUUCCGACGAAUGCCAUUGUCACAAUUGAUGAGACAUUCGGGCCACUGGCGGCAAUUUGCGCCUUUGAUACUGAAGAUGAGGUUGUCAAGUUAGCAAACGCUACUGAGUUCGGCCUGGCCGGGUACCUGUUCAGCGAAAAUAUUGGACGCUGUCAUAGAGUCGCGGCGCGAAUGCAGGUUGGCAUGGUGGCUGUGAAUACAGGAAAAGUGAGUGCAACGGAAGCUCCAUUUGGGGGAGUCAAGGCUAGUGGUUAUGGAAGAGAGGGAAGUGUGUAUGGCAUGGAAGAGUAUCAAGUUAUCAAGGCUAUUACCGUGGGUAAUAUACAUCGGUAA